GGCGAACGCAAAAGUGUAGAUCUCGGUAUCAUCAUCUUCUUUCGACAAUUCCAUGACAAGUUGUGUAGAAAAAUGCAUUCCUCGUCGUCGUGCUGUUACAGGAUCAACUAAUGGAGCGUUUCCUUACAGACACAGCGCGACCUAGAGGUACUUACUUCUUAUGCGGGCUUCAAAUACUACGCCGCUGAAAUGGGAGCGUUUCAUUUACAAGGGCACCAGAACCACGACCACAAGCACGUUCGCUUGCUCCAGGUUGACUUGGCCGAACGGAACGAGCGUCGAGUGCACGAAGAAUGCAGCCGGUCAAGGUCAGCUCAUAAACACGAUCCCAAUCUUCAGAAAAGAAGAACUACCCGAGAGGCCUCGUUUACCCGUCAAAACCCGGCCGGCUUGCAGCUGGAAAACAGGAACAAGCGUCUUUCUUCCUCCGCGUCGGGGUGCAACGCGGACAAACCUCUCAAUUGGCGCAUCACCGGUGCACAUCAACAUGAUGUUCACCAACCUAUCUUCGCAGCGCGCCUUCGGAACGGGCGCCAUUCUACCCGGUACUCUCGACAACCAUCAAGAUUGGAUCGCCAACGGUGACAUUUGGCACCACGUGGUCCGCGUGGUGUCCAAAGACGGGGAGCUGCUCGGGGACUACGAGAAGGAGCACGCCAUCCAGCUCGCCAACCUGCAAAACACGGACUUGGUGCUGCUGGACGCGGACUCGGACCCCCCGCUGGCGAAACUCCAGGACUUGGCGGAGUACCUGGAGGCGAAGCGGAAGGAGAACGAGACGCAGUCGCUGCGGAAGGGGGGCAGACUCCAGGAGGUCGACGGGUUCCGUUUCGAUCCGUCGUUGAAAGUCAAGGGCAUGCGGUUUUCCGCGGUGAUCGCCCCGCCGCCUUUCGCCCGGAAACUGAAGCAGGUCCGUUCCUUCUUGCACGAAGGGCACCGAGUACAGCUGCAGUUGUCCUUCUCGCCCACGGCGGACGAGCGGAGCUACCGCGAACCCAACGAAACAAACCCGAUCCCGGAAAAACACCGGGGGUACGAACGGCGGAAAGCCGCGGUGUCGAAUCGGAAAUACGUCAUGAACAACCCGAACGCGAAUAUCAACAAUAGCCUUCAUGCCGACGAUAAUGAUCCCGCUGCACUAGAGGGGGUUGACGCCAGUUUCGCCAACGCCGGGUGGACCCUGAUGGUGGAGCUCGCCCGUCGCAUCCUCGGGGAGGUCCGGGACAUUGCGCGGCUCGGCCCCCAUCUACCCUGUCCGGAGGCCGUGGAGGUGCACCGGGUGACGGCGUUUCUGAAUCUCUGGCCCGGCGUGGCGAACAAGAACUCGAAACUGGCGUAUCGGAAUGACUGCUGGGGUGAGGAUGAACUCUUGUCGGUGCUGCACCGCAACAUGGUGUAUUCCGACGGGAAGCAGGUGCGGCAGUGGUCGAAGCGGAACCGGACCCGGGACGCGUUGGCAGUCAGCAAAAACGGCUACGUGCGGAAUCAUCUCGUGCCGGUUAGGGGGGAGAACAAGCGGCGCGGUCAGGUGACAAGAGAUUUGAACCGGGGGUCGGACGCAGGGGCGAGGCGGGGUGUGGGCACUGCGGAGCCGGAUUUUUGAAAUUCACUUUUUAUUCCUUGUGGAGAAGUAGUGAGAAUGCUUUGGCUUUCUGACUCAUGUGUUGUGCUUUAACCGUGUCUUUCUCAGCAUGCUGCUCGAUGCAUGUAGCAACCAUCGAGCACUGUGCGCGUUGUUGGGAGACGAGGCGCACAGGCCGAAUUCGAAGAGCACUUCCCGAGUCUGUGAAUGACAGCACGCAACUCUGCUUCAAGUACACUUGGCCUUAUUCUGCAAU